GGCUACACCAACGUGCCCAGCUCCCCCCAGCUCUUCUGCAUCUUCAACCGCAAUGAGGACGCCUGCCGCUACGGCAUCGGCAUCGGCAUCCUCGCCUUCCUCGCCUGCAUCUUCUUCUUCAUGGUGGACAUCUACUUCCCCCAGAUCAGCAACACCACCGACCGCAAGUACCUGGUCCUGGCAGACCUCGGCUUCUCAGGUCUCUGGACGUUCCUCUGGUUCAUUGGGUUUUGUUUCUUGACUAACCAGUGGGCCUGGACACCGGCUGAGGAAGUGCACAUCGGGGCUGACUCUGCCCGUGCCGCCAUCACCUUCAGCUUCUUCUCCAUUUUCUCCUGGGUGAGUGAAGCUGUGGUGGAGCCUG